AUGACCAGUGCGGAGUCGUUUUCCAAUUCUGAUGACAGCUAUUAUGAAAUGAUGGAAUAUAAGCUUCAAAACGGUAUCGACGUGGAUUACUAUCAAAUGGAAAGCUACCAAUACACAGACACUCUCCUCGAGCAAGAUGUCGACGGGAAAAUCUACACAAAUUCUUCGAGUCGGAAAACAGGUCCUCAACCAGAUCGGGGGAGAAGACAAUUGAUAAUCGCUACUGGCAUUUGCGCAGUCUUCUUUGUCGCAGAGCUUCUUGGUGGAAUGUACUCGGGGUCUUUGGCAAUUUUGACGGAUGCGGCGCAUCUUUUAACCGACAUGAGCAGUUUUGUCAUCUCUUUGGUGGCGAUCCACUUGGCGGAACGGCCUCCUACGAAAACUCUCACAUAUGGAUGGCACAGGGCAGAAGUUCUUGGAGCUCUGAUAUCUGUCGAGGCCAUUUGGAUUCUUACAGCAAUUUUAUGUUAUUCGGCAGUUCAAAGGAUACGAACGAUGGACUUUGAAAUUCAUAGCUCAACUAUGGUCGGUUUGAGCGCCUGUGCCAUUCUUGUAAAUAUACUGAUGUUCUAUGUUCUCUGGGGCAGUGGACAUGGCCACACGCACGGCGGACUUUCCGGUGGACACGAUCAUUCUCACGGCGAUUCGAGUGAAAAGAGCCAUACUCACAGUCACGGCCACAGUCAUUCUGGAGAUGGCGAAACGCCUCUUAAUGUUCGUGCUGCCAUCAUUCAUGUCAUCGGCGAUUUAUUACAGAGCUGUGGAGUACUGAUUGCCUCCAUCGUCAUCUACAUCAACCCCGAGUACAAGAUCGUCGAUCCAAUAUGCACAUUUAUGUUUUCCGUCAUCACCCUGAUGACGACUCUUUCAGUAGUCAAAGACUUGAUCAGAUUUAUUAUGGAGGGCUCGCCAGCAGGGCUCAACUUGGAACAAGUCAAGAAGGAUAUCUCCGUUGAUGGGGUUCUCAAAGUACACGAUCUGCAUGCGUGGGCGUUAACUCCUCAGCAGUGGGUUUUAACCGCUCAUGUCGUCAUAAAUACUGUCAAUUACAGUUGCGAAGACGUAGUUAAACGCGCGGUAGCUUCAGUCAAAUCUGAAAAACGCUUUCUCUCCGUCACUCUUCAACCUGAAGCUCACGAUCCCGAUAAGCCGGUAGUAGCCGACCUUUGGAAUUGUCAACUCAAAUCAGCCUGGACUAAUGAAGUCUAG